CCUCAGUAGGGUUGUAGUGAGUCUGAAGGAAGCCCCUUCCAUCGCUGGACAGCGCCCUUACAUCAAAGGGACGAUCCAGAAUCGGCGUGAAUCACAGCAGGCCUGCUGGACUUGCACCUUCACACAGCAGCCAUGUCGGAUGUAGAAGAAGAGUACGAGGAGCAGCCAGAGGAAGAGGUGGAGGAGGAGCCACAGGAGGAAGAGGAGGAGGAGCAUCAUGUGGAGGAGGAUGAGACAGAGGAAGAGGAGCGUCCCAAACCAAAACCGCUUGUGCCUCAGCUGGCUCCGCCCAAGAUUCCUGAAGGAGAGCGAGUGGACUUUGAUGACAUCCACAGGAAGCGUAUGGAGAAGGACCUGCUGGAGCUGCACACGCUGAUCGACGUGCACUUUGAGCAGAGGAAGAAGGACGAAGAGGAGCUGAUCGGACUCAAGGACAGAAUCGAGCGCCGUCGAUCAGAGCGAGCAGAGAUCCAGAGAGUCCGAGCGGAGAAGGAGAAGGACAGACAGAACCGGAUCGCGGAGGAGCGUCACCGGAAAGAGGAAGAGGAGGCCAAGAGGAAGGCAGAUGAUGAAGCGAAGAAGAAGAAAGUGCUGUCUGGCAUGGGCGCUAACUUUGGAGGGUUCCUGGCCAAGGCGGAGACGAGGAAGGGCAAACGUCUGACCGGACGAGAGAUCAAGAAGAAGACUCUGGCCGAGCGACGUCAGCCGCUGGGCAUCGACAACAUGAGGGAGGAUUCGCUCAAACAACGUGCCCAGGAGAUGUGGAACUGGAUCUACCAACUGGAGUCUGAGAAGUUCGACUACAUGGAACACAUGAAGCACCAGAAAUACGAGAUCGUGGUGCUGCUCAACAGAAUCCAACAUGCUCAGAAGUUCAAAAAGGUGCACGGCAAAGGGAAAGUGGGCGGCCGCUGGAAGUAAAACUGCAAAGAAGAAAAGUAGAAAACCCUCAAACACAGCAGGAGCGCAGAGGAACUCCACUUUCCUCCUGCCUGCUGUCUCCCUGUGACAGGCUCAUGGCGACAAGUGUUGAUAAUAAAACCACCUGCACUGUA